GGAGAUGAUUAGACAGACAGACAGACAGACAGAUAGGCUAAGAGAAAGACAUCAUGGACCUUGGUAUGCUGCUCCUGCUGGUACUCAGCAGUGCGGUCUGCCACAGCGCGGAGUCGACGUAUUAUGGCGGGACUGUGCGCUGUACAGUACCGGGAUACAUGCCCCCAGACUCGAAAUGGACAGGGGAGGUACAAUUCCACUACCGUGAGAAUGGCCGGGACAGGUGUGAACAGCAGUUCUCCUGGGAGUGCACCAGCGGCUACUGUAAUGGCAGUGCCAACCGACAAGGACCUGUCGUGCAGACCACCGACAAGGACCAGUCCGGCCAAAACCUCUGGUGCCAGUCGGAGGGACACUUCACUAGAAACUUCACUAGGGACCAGAAAACCCAAUCCUACACCCUGAGUGACUCAGGUUGCUGUUGGGGCUCCAAUGUCAAUGGAAAGACCAACUGGACAAUACACACCGAGGUGGAUUUGGGGUUACGGGUCAGCCCGGGGCCUCCAACCCAAAACACACCUCCUGUCACAGCAACUGUCCCAACCCUGCGAGUUCCUCAGAACUGCUUUUCCACUCUUCCUCUCUUGGCCUAUGACCCGGAUGGAGAUGACGUGAGGUGCCACUUCCCUGUGAACGUCGCACACCCCAACAUUACACUUGACAGGGUCCAGUGCACUCUGCAUGCCACGGGCCUGUUGGCUGUAGGGCUGCAUGUAUUUGAGGUGCUGCUGCAGGACCACCCCACUGUAGACGUCAACAUGACGGGAUAUAAAUCUAAUUAUACCAGAAAGGCCCUGAACGAGUCCUAUGCCAGUAACCCGACUCCGACCCCGUUCAGCCGCGUGCCCUUGCAGUUUGCCGUGGAGAUCCAGCCAGCUCUAUCCAACUGUCUCCCUGGCUACAUACGACCACAGUUCUUCACUCCAACACCUUCACAUGGGGAUGUCCAUCAUGCCGCUGUGGGUCACCUGUACCAACUCGAAGCCCGAGUAAAAACCGCCCAUGCCAAGACAUUUGACUUCCAGGUCAGCGGUCCUUCCAACAUGACCAAGAAGAUCAGGGAUGAGGGCUUUGGGGUCACGAGGCUCUUCCUGGGUUGGAUCCCGCAGGAAAGACACCUGAGACAAAACAUUCCCAUCUGUUUCACUGCCGAGACAAAGGAGAGCCAGUCAGAGAUGAGAUGUGUGGUUGUGGUGGUGGCCAAAGCCCUCGCACUUACAGGUGAGGCGAAUGUUUCAUGCACAGAGAAUAGGAUCAGCAUCGCCGUGAGCAAGGCCUAUCUGCCUGGGGUGGACAUGAAGUGGCUGCGGCUAGCCGACUCAUCCUGCUCCCUAACCUCCAACCAAACACACAUCAUGGGCACCAUGUCACUCAAAACCUGUGGCACAAAGAUGGAGGAUGCAGGUGACUUCAUGGUGUUCAAAAACGAAAUAAACUCCUUCGACGCGGUCAACGCGACCAUCACGCGACGUAACCGGAUCAACAUCGGCUUCUCCUGCCGGUAUCCCAAGACCGUCAGCAUUUCCAACUAUUACCAGAUCCACAGCUCCAACUACAUGUUCACAGAGUCCAACUUUGGUAGCUUCGGCUACACCUUUGAGGUCUUCAAGGACAGUAAGUUCACCCAGAAGGUGGAUCCCAGUGCUUACCCAGUGAAGGUGAAGCUAAUGGACAGGCUGUACAUGGGCAUCCAGGCCCAGGCCGAUCUGCCCAAGGUACAGCUAUUGGUGGAGUCUUGCAAAGCCACUCCGGAUGACAGCGCCAGCAGCAGUCUCUUCUACGACCUCAUCGAAGACGGGUGUCUAAAGGACGAGACAGUCAAGGUUUAUCCCGGGAACCGAACCCAAUUCUACUUUGAGGUCCAGGCCUUCAAAUUCACUGGGAGCUACGACCAGGUGUUCCUCACCUGUACCGUCAUCCUGUGUGAGGUAGGAAACCCCAACUCUAGGUGUGACCAGGGCUGCCUGAACAAAGCCUCGCGGAGGCGCAGGCGAGAUCUCCCCAACGGAGAGACAGACAGGCACUACAUUACCCAGGGUCCUUUCCGUGUGGUCAGAGAGACCCAGCCCAGUGCAGACCAGAAGACAGGUGCAGGUGAAAAGACAGGUGCAGCUCCUGUUGUAGAUGUGGAAGCUACAUAUUUUCUCAGAUCGGACAUGGGAACCAUAGUCUUCGCCGGGCUGUUCAUCAUGACCUUGAUUCUGCUGACAGUGGUCGUGGUCUAUUUUCUGAAGAAGAGCAGAGCUGAAGAACACGAGGCUCUCAUUGCAUAUGAUUAGAGAAAUGUAUGUAACUGGAUUUGUGCCUGACCAGGGUCACUUCUGGUUUCCCAAAAGUAAAGCACACCUUUCUUUUAGUUUUACUUUAAACAACAAAUUAACACUAGUUUACAUACUGAAUACGGUAACAUUAACUACACAAAUUAACACUAGUUUACAUACUGAAUACGGUAACAUUACUACACAAAUUAACACUAGUUUACAUACUGAAUACGGUAACAUUACUACACAAAUUAACACUAGUUUACAUACUGAAUACGGUAACAUUACUACACAAAUUAACACUAGUUUACAUACUGAAUACGGUAACAUUACUACACAAAUUAACACUAGUUUACAUACUGAAUACAGUAACAUUACUACACAAAUUAACACUAGUUUACAUACUGAAUACGGUAACAUUAACUACACAAAUUAACACUAGUUUACAUACUGAAUACGGUAACAUUAACUACACAAAUGAACACUAGUUUACAUACUGAAUACAGUAACAUUACUACACAAAUUAACACUAGUUUACAUACUGAAUACAGUAACAUUACUACACAAAUUAACACUAGUUUACAUACUGAAUACGGUAACAUUACUACACAAAUUAACACUAGUUUACAUACUGAAUACGGUAACAUUACUACACAAAUUAACACUAGUUUACACACUGAAUACGGUAACAUUACUACACAAAUUAACACUAGUUUACAUACUGAAUACGGUAACAUUACUACACAAAUGAACACUAGUUUACAUACUGAAUACGGUAACAUUAACUACACAAAUUAACACUAGUUUACAUACUGAAUACGGUAACAUUACUACACAAAUGUAGUUGGUUCAUUCUUAUUCACUUUUCUGUGAUAUAGACAUUUGGAUCAACUGUUUGAUACUCCUGACUCAAGAAAGUGGAAGAAAUGGGUUGUUGUUGAGAAUCCUGUUAUGCAAAUAAGUCUGUAUUGAUUAAAUACAUUUUAGGCAAAAGUACUCUUUUAUACUGUUCUCUGCCUCACCACUCAUUCAAACAUGAUUUAUUGCUUUAAAGGGGCAAUCAUUUUAUGACUAAUAAAUGUAUGAUAUUUGUUGAUUCUUGAAUAUUUAUAAAUUCCUCAUGAGUUUAGUUCAAGUGUUGUACCCCCAUCAGAACCCAAAAUAUAUGCUUGUUUUACUUCAA